AUGGGGCUAAUGACUGUGUCAACCGACGACGAUAGCCCCCUAGACUACUAUUCUACAGACGAUGACCUUGAAACGCGACAACAUAUACAAGACCCUCUAUGCCACGUAUCAAGGGAAGAAGCGCUACGUUUGUGCAAGGCGUUUGCAGAAGAAACCAACAUCAUGUAUCCAUUCCUCGACAUGGACAAGAUUAUACGUCAUAUUGAAGGACUUAGAACAUCCGAUGAUGCGAAUGGAAGCUGGAUGAUCUCGGGUGAUGACAAAGAUGUUAUCGCCCUUGUGCUAGCAAUAUCUCUAAUGAGAGAAAGUGCUGGGGAGAGCGAGCUGGGCAGGUCACUGUUCCAUUCGAUCAAGAAUCGAUUGGAAAGGAGGACGUGGGCUCCGAUAUCUGUCACCGGUAUCAAUGUUUUUGUUCUAGCGGCUCGGUACUAUUUCUAUGCGGAUGAAGACGAAAGAAUGGCUUGGCGAACAAUCGGUAUUGCGGCGAGACAAUGCCUUGAAUUAGGACUCCACCAUGUCCAAGGAUACUCGAACUUAGAGGAAGAAGAUUCUCGGCCGGCCCUCAUCCUAUUCUGGUCGGUUUUUGCCCUAGAUCGCCGUUGGAGUUUUGGUACUGGGUUGCCCUUCUCGAUACAGGAGGCAGAUAUCGACCCAUCCCUGCCAGAGCCAGAUGAUUCCUAUAUCUAUCUCAAGACCAUGAUUCCGUACUGUCGAAUAAGUUCCAAAGUCUGGUAUGCCGGUCUCGGUACAGGAGAGAUCUCGAAACUACGAAGGGAUUGCAUGGAAAACCUCGACUCUCAGGUCCUCCAAUGGUACGAACAGAUGCCAGAAUCUCUCAAGUGCCCAAAUCCAUACUGCACUGAUGUCGGCCUAAAUACGGUUCUGAGAAGACUCCAAAUUCAAAUGUAUAUCCGGACCAACAUCAUGCGCAUCUUGAUCUACCGGCCGAUUCUCUAUAACUACGCCAAUAUCUUGCAAAAUAUGCCGCAUGCGGUGCUAUGUGUGCACCUUGCGAAAGACACGAUACGUAUCCUAUAUCAGACGCACAAGGCAACCGAGAUCUACAAGUCUCAGCAGACACUAUUCAACUUUUUUGUCUUGUCUUCUCUGGCAAUUAUCUUUUUAGCGUGUUUUCAUGAUCCGGCAGACUUCUGUGCAUGUGUCCAAGAAGAAGUCUUCAUGGCCCUUGAACUCAUCAAGGCCGUGAGCUCCAGGUCGCGAGUUGCGAGACGACUGUGGAAAGCCAUUCGAGAUCUUCGGGAGGUGGGUGAGAGACUCGGUGUCCUAUCCCCCGCCAGUCCUGUCGAGAGAUAUCAAACCUCAACUGUAGAUCAUGGCACUUAUAUCCAGCCACCACCUCCUGUACAUGGCGGGAACGAGGCUAACGUUCCAAUGACCGGGACCAUAAUGAGUGCUGAACUGACCAAUCUGCUGGAGGAAAUUGGGAUGUAUCACCCUCUCACUACUGAACACUCUGGCGAGGGUAAUGGGAAUAACGAUGUCUUCCGCCGUCCUUCAGAGCAAUCAUCGUGGGAGCAUUCCACCUCACCUCAGUGGAGCAACGUUGAUAGCCUAACUGAGGUCCUAAAUCCACUAUUCUGGAAUAACUGA